AUGGUGUACUGGGAGAAGCGCUUCGAAGAGCUAUCCGAUCUGGUGGCUACUACUCCUGAUCUCGAACGUGAGAUGUUCUUGAAGGCACUCGAACUAUUAAAGGACUGUUUCAAGAUGACCUUUAGCACCGAGGCCGAGCGCGAAAAGCAUGUUCAGGGCCGAUUUGAGAUCGUCAUGCGGUGGCUAUACAGCAUGGAUGAAGACUUUGUGAUCCGCCUGCAGCAGAAGCAAGCUCUCCCCCUUAUUCUCCUCGGUCAUUUCAGCGUUCUCGUUCAGACCCUCGAGCACUUCUGGUUCAUACAGGGAUGGUCAGAACAUCUCCUCAAUGGGCUGUUCAAUGUUUUAGACCCUCAGUACGCCCACUGGCUUGAGUGGCCUUCCCAACAGAUCAAACGACAUGAAUCGAUUGAUCACGGUGUGCUUUCAGUGCAUAAGAUGAUUGCCUGA